AUGAAGCCUGUCCAGUUUACUACUACAGGCCUGUCUUCAUUGGAAAAGAGUCUUAUCAUAAGGCUAUUCAAAGGCACAGAAUAUAUCCUGGAGGAAACAAUGACAUCAAGUAUUUCGUAUCUUUUAUCAAAUAAAAGUACAUUUACAGAGAAGAGAAUUCUUGCUGAGAGGUGGGGUAUUCCUGUGAUUAGCAUUAUGUGGGUGUAUAAGUCACUGUCUCAAAAGAGCAUCUUGCAGUUUAAAUUAAGAAAGUAUGAAGGAUGCGUCUUCUGUACAUCUGGAAUUACAAAUGACUUAUUUAUAAACUAUUAUAGAUUGCAUGGUGCAUACCACUCAUCAGUUCUCACUCGGUACUGUGACUUUCUGGUGGUUAAUUCAUUAGAACAAGAUACUGAUAAGAUUAUGUAUGCGAAAGAGUGGAAUAUUCCAAUUAUCACAGCAGAGACAGUCUUUGAUGACAGAAUUACAUUCUUCAUGAAGACCAUACAGUACGAGAGUUUUAUUAGUGAGCCUCUUACGGAUGAAAUAUUCAAUGGAAAGAUAUUUUACUUUGAAGGAGAGACAGAGAUACAUAAAUUAGUACGGCGGCUGAUAAUUGAGCAUGGUGGGAAUAGAGUUGAGGAACCAGGGCCUGAUGUAGACUAUUCAAUCUAUUUUGGGAGUGAUGGAAAAGGAAGGAAUCUUGUGUGGUACCAAUGGAUCUUAGACAGUGCAGACCUAGGGACCCUUCUGUCCUCUGAAGGAUACGAAGUGCAUCAUGCAGAACUUCCUUCACUUCCAUUGGAAAAUAUGAUUAUUUUCCCUAUAGUCUGCAAAGAAGAAGGUCUUAGAACAAAAAACAAAGUGAAUGCCCUUGGGGGUGAAGUGUCGAUGCAAAUAAGCAGCAAAAUAACCCAUUGCAUUGUUGAAAGGAAAAGCAGACAGCUUCAAAGCAAGAUGCAAGUAUACAUGAAGACGUACAAAAUACACGUGUGCUUUUUGGAGUGGCUGAACCAGUCUAUAUACUAUAUGAAAAAACUAAAUGAAAAUAAGUUUGAAAUGCCGGUGGGCCUUAAAACUAUCCCGGAAUCAGUGAUGGACAGGACGGAAAUGCGAAAAAGGGCAUCUGUCAAAUAUAUGCCUGGAAAUCUUGAUGGAUGGAAGGUUCAAUUUACAGGCCUAGUGGACACUCUGAAGGAACAGGCAGUUAAAGUACUGCAGGAGAAAGGCGUGGCAGUAAUUGACUCCCCAGAGUACUCGCCAGAAUGUACUCAUUUAAUUGUAGGGGCAGUGAAUGUGUCAUUGAAAUUCCUGUGCGCAAUCGCAUGCGGGGCAGUUCUUAUGGACUAUCAGGUCAUUGAUGACUUAAAGCAGAAUAUCUACACGGCAGAGAAGAGCUACAAUUUGGAGACAAGAAAUAUAAAGAUUGAUGCCCCAAGGAACGAGAAGAUUAUUCGAAAAUUAAUCAGGGCAGCUCCUGUAUGGAAGGCCAAGAAAGAGAAAUGCAAGAAAAAGGCAUUUACAGGCUGGAGAGUACAUAUACUAGCGACCAAGGACACAGCCAGGAUAGAACAACUAAUUGAAAAUGGUGGAGGUGAAGUGGUAGUCCAUGGGGGUGAUGAAAAUAUUCAUAAAAAUAGUUUCUAUUUUGUGGAUGCUGCAACCAAAGUGCCACCGGAAAUACCGCCUGCACAAAUUAUUGAAAUGAAAGAUAUCAUAGGACAUCUAGCACAAGCUAAGCAGAUUGGAUAA